CUAGCACACACAUGCUCAGACACACAAGGACGAGAUAGAUUUGUAUCACUCUCUUCUACUUUCUCUCCACUCCGUCUCUUCAGCGAUUCCCUGCUUCAUGCAAUCUCAGAGGUCACAGAUCAGAGGUCAGAUCACCAUGGUAACAAUAAGCUGGAUGCUGCUGUUGUGUGUGCUGGCAGAGGGGUAUGGGUCAGAGGUCGGAGUUCAGGAGGGGUGCGGCCGUUGGAUGGGAGGCAUUCCUGGGACUCCUGGUCUGGACGGGCAGGAUGGGAGAGAUGGGAGAGAGGGACGCCAGGGAGAGACAGGAGACACUGGACUUCCAGGUGUGCGAGGUGAGAGGGGAGAGGUGGGGGAAGUUGGGGGGGACGGAUUCCAGGGACGACGGGGUUUCCCGGGGGCCCCAGGGCUGCAGGGGCAGAGGGGCGAGAGUUCCUUCCUGUAUCGCUCUGCCUUCAGCGUGGGACUAACCACACCCACUACCACGACAGACACACCCCUUCACUUCACCAAGAUCUUCUACAACGAACAGCAUCACUAUGAUGACAUUUCAGGGAAGUUCCGCUGUUUUAUCCCCGGAGUGUACUACUUCACCUUCCACCUCACUGUACAGGGUCAGGGGUGCAAGGUGGGGCUGUACCGUAACGGCCGUGUCAUGUCACUGACUCUGGACCAGUUCCUGACCUCUGACCUGGACCAGUCCUCUGGAGGGGCGGUCCUAAACCUCUCAUCUGGAGACCAGGUAUGGCUGCAGGUGUAUGGUGCGGAACAGAAAGAAGUUGGAAUUUACGCUGACAUCAACAACGACUCCACCUUUACUGGCUUUCUGAUUCAGACACGCCUACCUAGCAGCCCAUUGGACAACCGCCGACGCUGACUUCCUGCUUUAGCUGUGCCUACCAGGCAGCCGAUUGGACAAUCUGCUACACCAUACCUACUUGCAGUAGCAGCUGCUUAUUUUCAAUCACAUCCCUUUUUCCCCCACCUUUCUCCUUAUCGAUCACCUCUUCCUAUCCCCCACCUCUUCCUAUCCCCCACCUCUCCCUAUCCCCCACCUCUCUCCCUAUCCCCCACC